CCCUCCUCUCGGCUAGGCGGGCGGUCGGUGGCGGCUGCUUCGGUGCUGACAAGAUGGCGGCUGGCGGGGCUGUUGCUGCGGCGCCCGAGUGCCGGCUUCUGCCCUACGCGCUACACAAGUGGAGCUCCUUCUCCUCCACCUACCUUCCCGAGAACAUUUUAGUUGAUAAACCAAAUGACCAGUCUUCAAGGUGGUCUUCAGAGAGCAACUACCCUCCGCAGUACUUGAUUCUGAAGCUUGAAAGGCCUGCUAUAGUCCAGAAUAUCACAUUUGGAAAAUAUGAGAAAACUCAUGUCUGCAAUUUGAAGAAAUUUAAAGUCUUUGGUGGAAUGAAUGAAGAAAACAUGACAGAGCUCUUGUCCAGUGGCUUAAAGAAUGAUUAUAACAAAGAAACAUUUACCUUAAAGCAUAAAAUUGAUGAACAGAUGUUUCCGUGUCGAUUCAUUAAAAUAGUUCCACUCUUAUCGUGGGGACCCAGCUUUAACUUUAGCAUCUGGUAUGUUGAACUUAGUGGCAUUGAUGAUCCUGAUGUAGUACAACCCUGUCUCAACUGGUAUAGUAAGUACCGUGAACAGGAAGCUAUUCGCCUUUGCCUAAAACACUUUAGACAACAUAACUAUACAGAAGCCUUUGAAUCACUGCAAAAGAAAACCAAGAUUGCCCUGGAACAUCCAAUGUUAACAGAUCUGCAUGAUAAAUUGGUAUUGAAGGGUGAUUUUGAUGCUUGUGAAGAAUUAAUUGAAAAAGCUGUAAAUGAUGGCUUGUUCAAUCAGUAUAUCAGUCAGCAGGAAUAUAAGCCACGAUGGAGUCAGAUCAUUCCCAAAAGCACCAAAGGUGAUGGAGAAGAUAACCGGCCAGGAAUGAGGGGAGGUCAUCAGAUGGUUAUUGAUGUCCAGACAGAGACUGUUUAUUUGUUUGGUGGCUGGGAUGGAACGCAAGAUCUUGCUGACUUCUGGGCGUACAGUGUGAAAGAGAACCAGUGGACUUGUAUCUCUAGAGACACUGAGAAAGAGAACGGUCCUAGUGCUAGAUCAUGUCAUAAAAUGUGCAUUGACAUUCAGCGAAGGCAGAUCUACACUUUGGGGCGUUAUUUGGAUUCCUCUGUGAGGAACAGCAAAUCUCUGAAAAGUGAUUUCUAUCGUUACGACAUUGACACAAACACAUGGAUGUUACUCAGUGAGGAUACUGCUGCUGAUGGAGGACCGAAACUAGUGUUUGAUCAUCAGAUGUGUAUGGACUCGGAAAAACACAUGAUCUACACCUUUGGUGGUAGGAUUUUGACAUGUAAUGGCAGUGUAGACGACAGCAGAGCCAGUGAACCGCAGUUCAGUGGAUUGUUUGCUUUCAACUGUCAAUGUCAAACCUGGAAGCUUCUUCGAGAGGACUCCUGUAAUGCUGGUCCUGAGGACAUCCAGUCUCGGAUAGGACACUGCAUGCUCUUCCACUCAAAAAAUCGUUGCUUGUAUGUAUUUGGUGGCCAGCGAUCGAAGACCUAUUUGAAUGAUUUCUUUAGUUAUGAUGUGGAUUCUGAUCAUGUAGACAUAAUAUCAGAUGGUACCAAGAAAGACUCUGGAAUGGUUCCAAUGACAGGAUUCACACAGAGAGCAACCAUUGAUCCAGAGCUGAAUGAAAUACAUGUCUUAUCUGGACUCAGCAAAGACAAGGAAAAGAGGGAAGAGAAUGUCAGAAAUUCAUUCUGGAUUUAUGAUAUUGUAAGAAAUAGUUGGUCUUGUGUCUAUAAGAAUGAUCAAGCUGCAAAGGAUAAUCCAAGUAAAAGUCUUCAGGAGGAAGAACCAUGUCCAAGAUUUGCCCAUCAGCUUGUAUAUGAUGAAUUACACAAGGUUCAUUAUUUAUUUGGUGGGAAUCCAGGAAAAUCAUGCUCCCCAAAGAUGAGAUUAGAUGACUUCUGGUCACUGAAAUUGUGUAGGCCUUCAAAGGAUUACUUACUGCGGCAUUGCAAGUACCUCAUAAGAAAACACAGGUUUGAAGAAAAGGCCCAAAUGGAUCCCCUUAGUGCUCUGAAAUAUUUACAAAAUGAUCUUUAUAUAACUGUGGAUCAUUCAGACCCAGAAGAGACUAAAGAGUUUCAGCUCCUAGCUUCAGCUCUAUUUAAAUCUGGUUCAGAUUUCACAGCUUUAGGGUGAGAGGACCGCUAUGAAACAUAACUUCAGAAGGUUCUUCUAAAAAUUUACAUAAUUGUUUACCACCAUUCCACACACUGAAAGGCUUUUUAAGAAGGAAUUCCCUGGCGGUCCAGUGGUUAAGAAUCUGCCUUGCAAUGCAAGGGACAUGGAUUCGAUCCCUGGUCCAGGAAGAUUCCACAUGCUGCGGGGCAGCUAAGCCCACGCACCACAACUACUGGGCCUGCACUCUCGAACCCUCGCUCUGCAACGCAAAGCUACCGCAAGCAGAAGCCUGCGCACUGCAGUGAAGAGUAGCCCUGGCUCGCCCAACUAGAGAAGACCCACACACGCACAGCAACGAAGACCCAGCGCAGCCAUAAAUAAACAAACUAGUUAAAAAAAAUUUUUUUAAGUGUAUUCAGGUUGUUAGGAAUCUCAACCCUGAGGUAGAGUCUAGUUAUAGGCAUUAUUUUAGAAAAUUCAUGCCCUUUUGAAUUUUAUCUUUUGAAAUGGAUUUAGUGAUAGAAAACUGGGAGCCUGGCACAUAGAUAUUCAGUUUGAGUGAAUGUGUGCCUUGUUAUGUAUGGAUACCGCAGUCCAGAGCCAUUAUUUUUAUUUUAAUGGUGGAUAGCACUAAAAUGUCUCUAGCUGACUUAUAUUUAGCCUUUAGAACAAGAAUUUCUUGGCAGUCAUUUAAAUAUAUUAAACUGUUGUCAGCAAAUAUUUUACCUUUAGCUUAACUCUUUUCUUUGCUCUAUUCACUGUCAGCUAAUAUAUUUUGUCAGGAACAGUUUGUCUUACUUGGAUUCUAAACAGACCUUAUGUAGAUACACUGAGAUCAGUACAGACACAACAGAAAUAAAUACAAAAAGGGAAAUUUUCUGUGGAGUUUUGUUUCCUACCUUGUCUGAAGGGAAGCAGUGUAGUAGUUAAGAGGGAAGAGUGUAGUAUAGUGGUUAAGGGUCAGAAUCUAGGUUUAGAUAUCAGCUUUGCCACUUGCUAAUUUUAAAAGUGACUUUGAACAAGUCACCUUUCUAAUCAUUCAUCAUUAAUUUCUUCAUCUGUAAAAUGGAGGUAAGCAGAGUAGUGACCUCAGGUUGUUGAGAGAAUUAAGUAUUCUUGAAAACAGCAAAAUGAAAUGCUUAGUAAGUGUUCUAUUUAGAGUACCACUUCUGUUACCUGCCUUAUAAACGUAAGCUUUGUAACAUUGGUGAAUUUGAAUAAGGAGUAAAUUCAGGCUAUAUGCCAAUUUUCAUAAGGAGAAAUUUGACAUUUGUUUUGAAAAGUCUUUUUCAUAAGGUUUCAGGCCUAUUUAGAGUUCCUAGUUCUUCUCAUUCAUUUUCUGAUUGAUUUACCUUCACUCCACUUAGAAUUUAAAUCUAGUGGGUUAUUUUUUUUAAUGUAUGGAUGUGUACACUUUUCAUGUGUAAAUAACUAUUUCAUUUUCUAAAUUAUGUUUUCCCCCAAAAUUGGCUCAACUAAAAUUUCUGACUUCUUCAGAAUUCAUCCAGUUUAUCUUAACCUCUCAGAAUUAAAAAUUAUUUGCUAAUGUUAUUUGUAAUUUAAAAAUUUAGAAAGAUGGAAAAUGGUUUACAAACUGCUGGCAUUGUCUUAGUUUUGAAAAAUGACUGACAUCAGAGAAAAAUAACCUUCGAGGUUCUUUAGCUUAGGCUGCUGUGGCUAUGGCUGUGGACACUUUGAAGCUUGACUUCUGACUUUUAGCUAAUUUUAAAAGCAUAUUUUCAGCAAGGUAUGUUUUAAUAAAGAACAUGAAAGUUAAAAUCAA